UGUGGGCCGGGCCAAUGAGGUGGCAACUAUUGGGCUGGGCCGUAUCUGUCCGAGGCCCACUUGUCUGACCUCGCUUCGUCGUCUUGUUUUGCUGAAGAGACACCCGCCGGCGACUAACUAAACCCUCGUCAGCCUUUCCUACCCGCCGGCCGCCGCCAUGGACGCCGGCGACGCCUCCACCUCGCUUGCCCUCACGGCGGCGGAGCCAUCACCGCCGAGCCCCACCAGGAGGAGCACGAGGCCGGGCAACCCUCCGAAGCGCUUCGUGCACACCCCGAUCCCGCCCUCCAUCCUCUCCGACCCGACCCUGGCCGCCGCCGCCAUCUCCCUUCUCCCGGCCAACUACAACUUCGAGCUCCCCAAGACGGCGCACCGCAUACGGUCCGCGGGCGCCCGCCGCGUCGCGCUCCAGCUCCCCGAGGGCCUGCUCCUCUUCGCGCUCCCGCUGUCGCACCUCCUCGCGCCCUACCUCGAGCCCGACCCGGCCAACGACGUCCUCGUCCUCGCCGACGCCACCUACGGGGCCUGCUGUCUCGCCGACCGCCCCGCCACGGCGCUCGCUGCCGACGUCCUCGUCCACUACGGCCACUCCUGCCUCGUCCCCGUCACGUCCUCCCUCCUCCCGGUGCUCUACGUCUUCGUCGAGAUCCGCGUCGACGCCACCCGCCUCGCUGCCGCUGUCCGCAACGCCUUCCCGGACCCCGCCGCCGCGCCCCGCCUCGCCAUCGCCGGGACCGUGCAGUUCAUCGCCGCGGUGCACGCCGCGCGCGAGAUGCUCACCAAAGAGGGGUACCGCGACAUCGUCGUGCCGCAGGCGAAGCCGCUCUCCGCCGGCGAGAUCCUGGGGUGCACCGCCCCGACACUCAAGAAAUCGGAGGAGGUGGGGGCGGUGGUGUUCGUCGCUGACGGGAGGUUUCACCUCGAAGCCUUUAUGAUCGCCAAUCCCGGGGUGAAGGCCUACCGUUUCGACCCAUUUCUCGGGGUUCUCGUGCUGGAAGAGUAUGACCAUGUUGGCAUGAAGCAGGCGAGGAAAGCGGCGGUGCUGGCGGCGAGGAAGGCCAAGAACUGGGGAGUCAUACUCGGCACCCUGGGCAGGCAGGGGAGCACGAAGGUUCUCGACAGGGUGGUGGAGCAUCUGGAGGAGAAAGAGUUGGAGCACACAGUGGUGCUCAUGUCGGAGCUUUCCCCGGCGAGGAUGGAGCUGUUUGGAGAUUCAAUUGAUGCCUGGGUGCAAAUUGCUUGUCCUCGUUUGUCCAUUGAUUGGGGGGAGGGUUUCAAGAAGCCAGUGCUGACAACCUUCGAGUUUGAUGUCGCACUGGGCUAUGUCCCUGGGUGGUGGGAGAAGGGGAGUAGGGAAUGUGGUGGUGAAUGUGGUAGUGGGUGCUGUUCAGGAUCAGGAACUUGUGGAAACUGCAACUGCAGUGGUGGGGAUUUUGGUGGUGACUACCCGAUGGAUUACUAUUCGCAAGAUGGUGGUGAUUGGAAUAGCUGCUAUAUGAAGAAGAAGCCAUCUACUGGCGAGAGGAAAUUGCGGGUUCGGAUUGCAAGCAACGGAGUUCAAGCCGAGAAGCGUGGAAAUCAGGACUCUUGUGGCGUGGAAAUCAAUACUCUUGUGAGGUAGUCAGGUGAAUAGGGAUACCGAGAACAGCUUCAUGGCAUUUAGAAGAAUUUUUGACACCAGGGUUUAAUGUGGUUGUAACACUAUUUAGUUACCAAAAGGAAUCUUGUGACAUUGUACCUGUAUCAUUAUACUCCACCCUUCAUCAUCAUAUAAUGUAAAUUUGUAUCGUACAAUCUUUUAUGGUAAACAUCUUCCCAAUAUGUGGCCCUAUUUGUUUGA